CCCCAAUUCAUUUUCACCAAUACAACUGACAAGAUGAGCGGCACAUCUUCAGUCGGACAAGGUUCCGUCUACGAGCACGGCGAUCAGGUCAACUACAAGGACAGCGAGAUCAACAAGCGUAAGGAAGGAGAGAGGUUCAAGGAGGGUCAGCCCAACUCCCACAAGGCAAACGAUUCAAAGGAUGAGCGAUCCAUUGCCAACAAGCUAGCGCGCGAGGAGAAGCGGUCAAAUGAGGCGGAUCAGAAGGACGAGGAGACCAAGGCUUUCCAGAAGGACAAUACGCUUCCGGCCAAAUUGCACGGCAAUGAGCCGUCGAAAGGUGCGAAGAUCGACCAAGAGCUGAAGGAAGAGGAGGAAGAGAUCCUGAAGAAGAAGGGUGCAUUCGGGCCAAAGUAAUGAUGGCGGAUCGAUUGCAGGCCUGUGAAUGUAAAAGUGUUACGGGAAAGGCUUCGCGAGCCUAAAGGCCUCCGUCGGUAGCGACCUCAGUAUACCCGUGUGCUGAAAGAGGGCUUAAUCCCGUGGGUCGCGAAGGUGCCGUAUCCUCAUUAGCUGUGCGGACCAACUGCGAAUGUCACUGUGAUAGCAAAAGCAUGAGGGUCGUAGCAUGUAUAGUCGCGCCAAGCUCAACAUGAAUGUUGCUGGCUGCGCCACAAAGCGCCACGACUUGCGUCCUUUAGACCUCAAAUGUCUUGAAGCCCGUACAAAUGUGCCCU